CCUUCCCUUUGGCUGUCUGCCAGUCCUCCUCCUCCUCCUGCUCUCAUGACUCUGAAUUCUGCUGCUAGAUUCCAGCCCCUUCACUCCUCUCAGCUGAAGGAGGUGGCUGCAUUCACAUACGCUCUAAUACACUAGCCCACAGGCAUCCCAGCCAUCCAGCAGGCAAGAAGACACGGGCCUUAUGACCCUGCUUGAGGACAACUACUACAUGGAAUCCCCCUACCGCAAACGACUGUUCAGCAGCUGAGCUUUGAAGAAUAAACCUCGUUAAAAGCACAAAGAAAAGCUCAGAGGAAGCUGUUCCUCUUCUUUAAUUUAACUUGACAUUUAAAUUUCCCUGAGCAUUAAGGACAUCCAGCGACCGCAACAUGAGUGUGAAGAGGAGAAAGGGUGGACUGGUUAUCAGCUGGCAGAAGUCAUUCUCCAUCCUGACUGCAUGGAGGAAAGGGAAAGGAGGCAGAGAUGCAGUACUGGACAGUGACGUUGUCCUAACAAAAAUGAAGCUCUUCAGCCACUUUCACGAAAGGCUCCUGAAAGCCAACGACUCCGUGUCUGCCAUCUCCACAGCAUCAGUUUCUGACCAGGACAUCUCGGACCUCACAAAGACUUCUGAGGGGAAUCUCCUCGUAAAUGACCAGUGUGGACAGCCUCAGAUGGAGUCUGCCUCAGAAGACCUGUCUGACAUUUUCUCAAAGUCUCAGCUCCCAAGGUUUUACAAGUUUGAGUCAGAGGACUCUGGAGUGGAGCUGCCCAGUGGAGCUAACUCUCCUUCCACCCCAACUGGCUCUGAGCAGAGCUUUGUGGUCCACAGUCGAGAGUCCUCAUGUGACUCCUGCAACUCUGACUCUACAACUUUUCCCAGUGAACUAGUCAAAAAUUCACAGAGCUCUGAGACUAAGCAGGCAAAUGAUUCAAUGGAUAACAGUGUGAUAACAGCACACACUCAGGACAAUGUGUUCACAGACAGUCCUUCAGCUGUGACACCCGAAAUAUACAUAGGUCAGAAUGUAAACCAGUGCAGAACUUUUAAAACCAGCCCUGAAGGAGAUAAGGAGAAAUCUGAACAGCUUGAAGAGACCAGUGCUGUAACUCAAUGGACCUGCUCAGAGGAUAUGAGGCCUGGGAUGCAAUCCUCAGUGAGAUCCUGUGAUGAGACAAUAAGCAAUGACUUUGAGUCAAACCCUGUUGGACCAAGUUCCACCAACGAAAGCCUAGAGGAGUAUAUGGAUGAAUGCUGCAGACUGAGUGAGCAAGCAAGUUCCAGCCCUCUGUGUUCAGGCCUGGGUUACCUGAAGCACAUCUGCCAGCUCAUGGAGAAGAUCGGCCAGCUGCAGGAAACCAACCUCCAGCUGCAGAGGAAGCUCUGCAGUCUGCAGAAGGACAACAGGAUGACAAAGACCAAAGAGGACAUUUUUCAGCAGCACUGCAGUUGUGGUGCAGCCAGUUUAGCCUUCCAGGACUUCCAGAAAAGACACUCUAAAAGUGAGUGUUUGUCACCCAGUGGAACCCUCUCUGACCUGUCCACCAUCCCAGAGGUCACUAGGCAUCCAUUCAUAACAGCUAAGAAAGGCAUGAGAAAUGAGGGUUUGACACCCAUCCCUCUGUGGAAGAGAAGCCUGAGCCAUAGGAACUUCACUGAAGGGGAGGUCAGGUUACUUGGGGACAGCACUGAAAGGCUGUCCAUCAUACAGCCCAGGCUGAGUGAAAAUUACACAAUGGGCCGAAUCAAAGACCUGAUGAGGAAAACUAAACUGAGGAAUCAGAGCAGGCUAGAGCUAACCUCCACUUCACUGAAGAUGUCUUGCCCACAACUUUACAGGCCUGAUCUAGGACCAGUAGAGCCUGCUGGCAGAAACAGGAACUCCAUGAUCGCCUUGGACCACCAUAGCAAACUGGACUUCCCUUGGCUUCAAUAAACAUCCAGAGAUGGUGAAAUUGCACCUUGUUUAAUUGCACUGAUGAUCUUUGUCUCUUGGCCGGAUCAAAUCCAGACGGUCUCGUACGGGGACGAGUAUGCAGUGAAGUUGGACGCAGCUGACACAAGACUGAAAAUGAGAUGAUGAAAAGAAAAUGGAAAACGAAGAAAGAAGAAACUAAAUGAGUUAAAGAAGAGGAUUCUAGUAUAAUGGAUGGAAGAAUAAGAGGGUUUAUAUCAGACUUGUGUACUGUAUUUCAGUAUACUUGAAAAAUAAAUGAUGUCAUGAAUUUAAGAUGAGGCAACUAUUACACUGUGACAAUAAUAGCUUUAAACAUUCUCUGUUGAUGCUAUUUACUGUUGUGAAAAAAAUUCAUAUUUUAUGACUUUUUAUAUGAUGGGAUGUUGCAAAUACACAAAUGUUCAAAAGUUUGGGGUCAUCCAGACAAUUUCAUGUUUUCCAUGAAAACUCACAUUUUUAUUCAUGUGCUAACAUAAUUACACAAGGGUUUUCUAAUCAUCAGUUAGCCUUUCAACACCAUUAGCUAACACAAUGUAGCAUUAGAACACAGGAGUGAUGGUUGCUGGAAAUGUUCCUCUGUACCCCUAUGGAGAUAUUCCAUUAAAAAUCAUCUGUUUCCAGCUAGAAUAGUCGUUUAACACAUUAACAAUGUCUAGACUGUAUUUCUGAUUCAUUUGUUGUUAUCUUCAUUGAAAAAACUAACUUUCUUUCAAGUCACCUCAAGCUUUUGAACAUUAGUGUAUGUUUUAGACAAAUGACAGAUUGCUUAAUACAAUGUUUGAUGUGUGUUGAAUACUGUGAAUGAGGAGUGUGUGAGCUAAACCCUGCAGAGGCCAGGUGUGUGUGGCUCAUACAUCAUGUUAACAUUAGACCUACAGAUGACUUGUCUGAUUUAAAAAAAAAAUGCAGCCUGAACACAGGCUGUUGCUUUUUAUGUUAUUUAUCAUUUCAAAUGUCUUAACACCACAGAUUAAAGUCUCUUCUUUAAAAUAGCACCUGGUCAUUGACUUGACCCUGAUAGGAUGUUGCAUAGAAGCAUUACUCUCUUGAAUUACACGUAAUUAUUGAGUUAUAGUAACAGAAAAGAAAAGGCUGAGGGUAUGUAAAAAUAUAUUUGUAGUUGAAAAUGCUUGCUUAAAAUAUUGUAAACUCCUGUUUGAAGCUGGAUUCAAAGCUUGUUACCAUUUUAUUAACUCUCCUAAGAUGGCCUGGUGUGUGGAGAUUUAUCCUCAGACUGGGUUUGAACAUUUCUCUUUUAAUUCUUUAAACAUAUAGAAUCCAACACCACAAAGGCCUUCAAAAUGAGGCUGUACGUUUCCUGAAUUUUUGACAAAAUUGAAAAGAGGCCAUAGGAAACAGCUAUAAUUGCCUUUGACUGUGGCCUUUCUGUCAAAAGGAGUUCUGUUUCAGUGAGAAGCAGUGACGCUUUGGACUUUGUUUUGUGUCGACUUGAUGGGACAUGAGUUCUGACUUUUUGCAGAAACACAAUGAAAUCCCAAGAAACGAAUGUCAUAACACACUAACACUGCAACAUUGCAUCACAAUUCCAGUUAAGUCUGAAAAUACUUAUGCAAGAUUUGUUUUUUAAUUUGAAUACCUUGAGAUACUCUAGAAUAUGCUAUACUGUACUCCAAAGAGGUAAAAUAUUUACUGUGCACCCCGCGACCCUAGUGAGGAUAAAGCGGUGUCUAGAGAAUGGAUGGAUGGAUGUAUUAUAGUGUGUAUCAUUUAGGUUGGAGCGGUCUGUAAAGAAAAAGGAUGCUGAAUUUUGUAAAACAUAAAUUGUGUGUAAUUUACAGCUGAUGUUUGUGCAUCAUAUUGCAUCAAUAUAUUCAAAUGUGUUUUUCAAAAUAAAGUCAAAUAAAAGAAAAUAUGUUUUGUCUUUAUUGUUUACAAAGUAAUAAGUAACAGUAAUAAUACAAAAGUGCAAACAAUAACCGUUUAUAAUUAAUGUGACUUUUUAUAUACAUAGAAUCUCAUGAAACUAAAUAUAAAAAUGGAAACAAAAGCGGUAUGAUACUGUGGUAUCAUAACCGGUGGAAAUGAUGGAAAAUGAUAUAAGAUGAUGUAACUCUUUGUGUGGUCAGUUAAAUUCUCAUGAUUUUGCUUGUGUUUGUUGUUACAGACUCUGUAUUGAAUAAACAGUAUUCGCUUCAGACUCUGAA